AUGUUUUUCUCUCUUCCUAUUUGUCUCUCUCUCACUUUACCACUAUAUCUUACUGAUUCCCGAUUUUGUCUCUCACUUCCUUCCUAUUCGUGUCUUCAACUACAGCUAUUUUAUUUUACUGUUUCUGUUUUUGUCUCUCUUCCAAUCCGUCUCUCUCUCGCAAUACUUUUUACUGAUUCUCUUUUUGUCUCUCUCACUCUCUUCCUAUCGAUGUCUCUCUCUCUCUCUUCCACUCCCCCUUUCCCCACUUUUUUACUGUUUCUCUUUAAGCCCCUCUCACUAUUUUCUUAUCCGUCUCUCUGUCUCCCAGUCGCCCCCUCUCUCCCACUAUUUUUAUUGAUUCUCUGUUUGUCUCUCUUUCUAUCUGUUUCUCUCUCUUCCUCUCCCUCUUUCCCACUAUUUUUUACUGUUUCUUUUUUUGUCUCUCUCACUUUUUUCUUUUCCGUCUCUCUGUUUUCCACUCGCCCCCUCCCUCCCAAUAUUUUUACUGAUUCUCUUUUUGUCUCUCUUCCUAUCCUCCUCUCACUCUUCCGCUCUCUUUUACUAUUUUUUACUCAUUCUCUUUUUGUCGUUCUCACUCUCUUCCUAUCCAUCUCUCUCUCACUUUCCCACCUAUUAUUUUUCUCUUCCACUCUCUUCUAUUUACCUUUCUUUCACUUUCUUUCCCUUUCAUAA